GGUUUUAUUUUUUAUUUUUUUUCAUGGGCAGGUUUUAUUUUUUAUUAUUUUUAAAUGGACAGGUUUUCUUCCACGUGGUCCAUGUGAGUUUUGGUAAAUGUUAGAAUGAAGCUGUCUCUUUGAGCUGCUCAUCUUUAUUUGGGGACAUCAGAAGGUUUUAAAAGCGUCACAUUGAAAGGUUCGACUUGUACAUUUGAUGUUUUUACAGGUUUAAAUGAACCCAGCUCCUUCAGCUGCCAGCACACUGAACUGCUCCUGGUCUUGAAUGUGUUGCAGGCCUCAGCCAUGGGGGGAUCCAAAAGUAAGUCCAAGGAUGUGGGCCAGCGGAGCUGCAGCCUUGAUGGGAAGCCCGGCUCUGGAGGAGGGCCAGGCAGCCAGCACCACAACACCCAGCAGUCGUCGACACCCAGCCGGAGCCCCACCAUGGACGGUGGUCUCAGUAGCAACAAGACUCCAGAACUGAGCCUGUUUGGAGGUGCAGAUAAUAACAGUUACAACUCUGCUAACAGAGCCACACAAGCAGUGGGUGUGAUGACGUUUGUGGCCUUGUAUAACUACGACGCUCGAACAACCACAGAUCUGAGUUUCAGGAAGGGUGAACACCUCCAGAUAGUAAACAAUAC